AUGGAUCCCAGAGUCCCCAAUCUCUCGUUUGACCUUGUUAUCGUUGGAGCUGGUGUAGCAGGCUGCGUCCUCGCAAGCCGCAUCUCGCAUGCUCGACCCGACCUUCGCAUUCUUCUAAUUGAAGCGGGUGUCGACAAAGAUGACCGCGUGCUCCCCGCCCUGGGGCUUGCGGGAGGCUUCGAUUCGAGUAUCGAGUGGAACUACCGCUCGGUGCCACAGCCACGGGGCUUCGGAGGCGACGUUGUCAACCUCACGUCGGGCAAGAUCGUGGGCGGGGGCUCUGCGGUAAAUUAUCAGGCCUUCACGCGGGGACCGGCUGUUGAUUAUGACCAGUGGGCCGAUCUAGUCCAAGACCAGCGUUGGUCCUGGAGCAGUCUUCUGCCGUACUUCAAGAAGUCCGAGACGUGGUAUCCUUCGGCCGAGUUGAAGGAGAAGGGUCUCAUUACGGCAGAUGUCCAUGGCUAUGAUGGCCCAAUCAAGGUCAGCCAUGCGACUAACAGUGGCAAGCCGCGCAAUUACCCCCUGCGGGAAAAGACUCGACGGUUCCAUGAGCUGCGCGGGUGCAAGCAAGCCGUGGAUAUCAACGAUGGGCAACCGGGUGGAUACGCAGAGGGGUUCAACUCCACCUACGAUGGACUGAGAAGCUAUGCUGCCGGGUAUGUGCUCGGAGAGAGUGUCACGCUGUGGACGCAUGCGUUCGUGGAAAGGGUGAUUAUCAGCGGGACCACCGCGAAAGGGGUGAUCGCGACGCGUCUGGUAGGCGAUAAGAAAGAACACUUCCUAGUCGAAGCGACGAAGGAGGUCAUCCUGUCCGCAGGAGCUCAGAGCUCGCCCAAGAUCCUUCUCCUGAGUGGCGUUGGCCCUGCAGCCGACCUGGCGCAGCACAGCAUCAGCCCCGUUGUUGAACUCCCCGUGGGACACAAUUACGCCGACCAUCCAGCCAUCUUCACCUACUGGUCCAUCGACCUUCCGAACGCCGUCCUCGGUGACGGAGAGAUGCAGAGUCCCAACCUCGACUGGACCGCCGGUCUGCCCUACGACUGGAUCUCGUUUGCGCCCGCUGAUCAGAAAACCCGCGCGCUGGCGAAGCAGGUCCUCGACCCAGCCAGGUACAAACGAUACUCCGCCGAGGGCAAGCUCCAAGUCGAGGCGUUCGUCGUGAACCCCCCAGCACCAGGAUGGCCCGCCAAGGGCGUCUUCACCAUCGCCCACAUCCUCGUGGACCCAGUCUCCCGUGGAACUGUCUCCCUGCGGUCAGGCAAUCCAGCUGAUUCCCCUACCCUGAACCCAGAGCUACUCGCGUCCCCUGUUGACCGAUCGGCGCUGUAUGAGUGUGUUCGGGAUUGCGCCCGCGCGAUUCAAGAUGUGGAGGGUCUUGACGCGGUGGAAUGGGGAGUCGACGACUCUCUUCGGGGUGACUGGUCCGAUGAGGCGAUAGACAAUCGGGCACGGAGAAUGGGUUCAGGCACUGUCUUCCAUCCGUCAGGAACCUGUUCCAUGGGGCAGGUGGUGGAUGGCGACUGUCGGGUGUUAGGGAUCGAUGGGCUGCGCGUGGUGGACGCGGGCGUGAUUCCCAUACCUCUGGCGGCGCAUUAUCAGGCCCCCAUGUACGCCAUCGCGGAGCAGGUAGGCAUUGAACCCGGUUGCUGGAAGUUUCGCUAAUCAGGUUCAGGCUGCUGAUAUCAUUUUAAGUGGUUUGUGACUAUCUUUGCGUGUACCGGAUUGAAUUAACCGUCGGUAGUAAAUACGGAUGGGAUUGCAUUAUUGUGAAGUGUUAAAUGGAGAAUGAAGAUAGCAAAUUCAACACAUAGAAGCGUGGAGAGCAUCCAGUGUGGUAUAGUAGUAGCAGUUGGGUCAGUUG